AUGGAUUUAAUUGAGGGAUUGCCUAAUUCUAAAGGGAAGGAUACUAUUAUGGUAGUAGUGGACAGGUAUACAAAGUAUGGUCACUUCCUGAGCAUCUCACAUCCUUUUGAUGCCCCAAAGAUUGCAAAAAUAUUCCUGGAUGGAGUAGUCAUGUUACAUGAAGUACCCCAGAGUAUGCUAUCAGACAGGGAUAGGAUCUUCACCAGUCAAUUCUGGAGUGAACUGUUUACACUGUUGGGAGCUAAGCUGGACCUCAGUACAGCUUACCUCCACAGCCUGAUGGCCAGACUGAAAAAGCACCCCCAACUAGCUCUAAGACCAUACACUCAGGCCAAGGUAGCUAUAGUUGGGGACUACUUGAGGGAAAGGCAUAAGGUUGACACUACACUGAAACAAAAUCUGAAGCUGGCUCAAGAGAGAAUGAAAAAGUAUGCUGAUGAGAGGAGAAGUGAGAGAAAGUUUGAAGUUGGAGAUUGGGUAUAUUUGAGAUUACAGCCUUACAGGCAAAGUUCAAUGGCUAUAAGGGGCAACACUAAGUUAUUAGCUCGUUACUAUGGACCUUAUGAGGUGAUAGAGAAGGUUAGGGAGGUUGCAUACAGGUUGCAGUUACUAAUUGGUUCCAAGAUCCAUCCUGUUUUAGAUGUCUCUCUACUAAAGAAGAAGGUUGGGGACCAGAUUACACCUGUUUUGCAGCUACCAGAGGUUGAUGGAAGGGGGCACUUAAGGGUCGAACCAGUUGCAGUGUUAGACAGAAGAAUUGUUAAGAAAAUGAAUGCAGCUGCAGUGCAAUGGCUAAUUCAUUGGUGGGGAACAGAUCCAGCAGAGGCAACAUGGGAAUUUGUAAAAGAAAUUGAGAAGCAGUUCCCUCAGUUCCAAUCUUGA